UUCCGAUAUUUAUUUCAUUUUGGGUUAAAAGCUUCUAGAGCUCCCGAUACGUGACCGCCUUCGCCGUCGCUUAUAAAACGAGCAGCACUGGCUUUCACAUCACAUUCAUUCGACGUCGUUACGAGUUCCAACGCCCGAGUCCAUCUGAAAUUGAUGCUUAAGCCUGAAUUUGAAAUAGCGUGGUUGAGAUUAAUCAAGGACGACUUUCUGGGUUUGUUUCUGGGUAUCUGGAUUGGUUUUUGAUGCGCUGAGAUUGGUGGGGUUGUGACGGAGAUGGAGGCUAACAAGAAGUGGCUAUCUUAUUAUGGAAUUCUUGGUGUUAGGACGGAAUCUUCUAUUGAAGAAAUAAGACGGGCUUAUCGCAAGCUUGCUAUGCAAUGGCAUCCGGAUAGAUGGGCAAGGACCCCUUCUCUUCUGGGUGAAGCUAAACGAAAAUUCCAGCAGAUUCAAGAAGCCUAUUCAGUGUUGUCAGACCAGAGGAAGAGGACUCUGUACGACGCUGGAUUAUACGACCCUGAUGAGGAAGAAGAUGAGGGCUUCUACGAUUUUGUGCAAGAAAUGGUGUCUCUCAUGGACCAGACAAGGAGAGAGGACAAAAAUUAUAGCAUAGAGGAGCUACAGAGCAUGCUUUUAGAGAUGGCCAAAGGAUUCGAGUCUCCUACCUGGUUCUGUGGACCGUCGAUCGGAGAAGAUUCCGGAUGCUCAAACUCAAAGAGGAGACGAUGGCAAACCAAUCCAAUGCCACGCAGAGGCUCACAUUUGCAUGCGUCUGGCCUGGAGAUGUUCGGAAGCCGCGGUUAUUGCAAUUAGCGAAAGGAGAGAAUAAUGCAGAGAGGAUUGAGGUGUUUGAGUGGUAACAAUUUGCAUUGGUUGUAUGUAGACUUGUAGGGCAUGGUUUCUUUGAUGAACCUUUGUAUGCACUCUUGUCUUCCUGUGGAUACAAAAUUUUAGUGAUUUAGAGUUUGGGCUUAAUGUUCUCUCUCUCU